AUGCUGAAAAAUAACAACUGCUCUUCAUCUUAUGCAAAAGUAAGGGCUAAUAAGAGUUUGAGCAUAUAAAAUUCAGGGUGUUCUUCAAACGGAAGUCACUACAAAGACAUUUCUUCAUUCAAUUAAAAUAAAAGUUCAAGUAUAUCCUCUAGAAAUUCUUAGGAUAGCAGCAAUAGGAAUAAAUUUAUUUCGAAUAAUCAACAUUAAACCAUCUAAGAAGACCAUUUCAAUAAUUUAAAUCGCAAUUUAGAUUUUUCAUAAAUAAAUCUUAAAAACCAAUAAAAAUAAUUAAAUUAUGGCCAUAAUGCGUCUGUUUACAGUUAGGAAAAUAAAGAAAACUACAAUUUAAACUAUUCUAACUUAGUAAAUAAUUAGUCUUCACUCAACUAGCAGCAAGAAACCUUUCGUAAAAUUAACUAAAAUAGCCAGUAAGCACAACACUCAAGUAUUGUCUAACCUUCAAAAUAAAAAUAGAAUAUAACCCAAUCCAAAAAUAUUUAUUAAUAGAUAAUGAGUAAUAAUUUUAAUUCAGUGGCCAAAAAAAACAAGCAAUCAAGUUCUAAUUUAUAAGCUUAACAAUAAAGACAAUCAUUAGAUCUUUCUACUAAACACAAUGAUGGUUUUUAGGAUUUGUAAAAAAAAAGAAGUGAAAGUACCUAUUCUAAUUACUCACUUGAUAGCUCAAACAAUUAAAGUUUUUUGAUGGCAAGCUCCAAGAAUUAAAAUAAUAUUAGCAAUAGCAAUUCUAUUUAGCUUAAUAAUUGGUUACAGAAUAACUAAUUAAUCUAAUUAGAUAAUAUGAAACAAGCACCUGAUUCAUCAAGUUGCAUUAAUAUUUCUCACCUAUUAAAUUAGAAUAUAUCAUAAAGUAAUAUUAGCAUAAAUGAAUCUUCUAAUUUUAUUUCUAUCAGUCCUGCUGGCCUCUCUUAAUGCGCUCAUAAAACUAAAUAAGCCUUAUCAUUUAAUGAAAACCCAUAUAUUAAUAAUAAUAAUUCACACAAUUAAAUUAACGAAUCUUAGAAUCAUUUAAUAUCAAGACAAAUUAAUUCAGUUUAAAAUUCAAAAAAUAAUUGCAAUCAAGCUUAACAGCUAAAUUAAAAGUAAAUUAUCAGCUCUAACAACAGUUAGGUAAAGUAAAACAAUAAUUAAAAAGCUUAUUAAAAGAUCCAAAUUUCUGCAGAUUCCAACAAUUAGCUUCAAACAUUUUCAUCUUCCGAAAAUAAUAAUUAAAUUAACAAUAAUAAUAACAACAACUGUGAAGUAAGUUAUUAAAAUAACAACUUUUGUGCCUCUUAAUCUAAUCCCAGUACAGGAAAUACAAUAGAAAAUCUGACUCUAAUUUAAAAAUCAAAUGAGCUCAACUAGUUGAAAAAAGAUCUUCGUUAGAGUAAUAAUGAGUUAAUGCAGUAUAAAAAUAGACUAAAAACUAUAGAGCAAGAAAAUAAAAAUUUAAAGUAACAAUUCGAAUAGGAUAAAUAACAAAAACAUCAUUUAGAAGAGUAUAUUCAAAAAAUAAAAGGACUUUAAUUUAUAGUAGCCUAAGAAAAGAGAAUAUCUUCAAGGAUAAUCUAAGAAAACCUCUAAAGAAACGAAAGUAUUUCAUUAAUCUUAACAAAUCUUGUUAGUAUUAUAUAAAUAAUUUAGCAAAAAAUAGAAACUCCUAAAGCUUCAUAUGAAAAAAUCUUGAGCCAAAUAAGCCAAAAUUUGAAUCCUAUUCUGCUUUGUCUUAAUCCAAUAAUCUAAGACAUAAAUAAUUAUAACUAAAACAUAGUAUAAUAGGUACAAAAUCAGCAUGAAUCAAGAUUUGAUCCUAUUCAUCAAAUGAACAAACAACCUUCUCAAAAAGGCAAAAAAGUAUUGACAAUCAAAGGAACUUAAGAGUAACAACAAUAUCAAAGAAAUGGCUCUAACAACAAACUUAAUAAUAAUCAUAAUUUUAAGAAAAGAGGGAUAUAAUUGGAAGAACCUACUAACAUUUUAAGACAAAAAAAGCAAUAAAACAGUUAAAUUUAAUCUUCUAAUUCUUUGGGGAGAUCCCAAUCUUCUAUAAAUGUUAAGUAGCAACAGUAAAAGAUAAGUUUACAGUAAUAAAAUAGGUCAAAUAAGUUGAAUGAUGAUUAAUUUGAAUAAAUUUCUAACGGUACUUAACAUUUGUUAAAGUAAAGUUUUAGUAGCAUUAAUCUUCAAACUCAAUCUUUACAUAUUCCAUAGCUAGGAGAACAAAAUGAAAAUGAAAUAGAAGCUAUUAUUAAUAAGCAGUUAUUAAAUCACAAUAACAACCCACUUCAAUAGAUUCAACUCAAAUAAAAUAUUUAAGAUUAAAAAAAUAGUAUUUAAACAAAUAAAUAAAAAAAUUAGUAAAUAUCUCUUAAUGAAUGCUAAAGAAUUAACACUAAAGAAAGCAUGGAUAGCUUUUAUUAGUAAUGUUUACUAAAUAAUUCACUAAGAAUAUCUGAAUCUAGUAGAAGCAUUACUGCCAAUAAUGGUGUAAAUUAAUUGCAUUCUCAAGAGCAUAUUAGCUAGAAUAUAUAAUAACUAGCUAAUGUCAAUUAGUCAGCAUAGUAAAUUAAGUAACAAUACAACUAAGUAACUAGUCACUAAAAGGAAUAGUUUAAUUUUAUAGACAGUUAUCCUUUAUAAUAAGAAAAUAUAUUUGGAUAAUUUACAGAAUGCUCAACAAAUUAAGCUGGUUUAAAUAAAAUUUCUUCUGUAGGAGGAUCAUUCUUUGAUAGCAAAUCUUCUUAAAUAGAAAAUUAUAGUUCUAACCAUAUGCACAGAAAUAGUUUAGAAUCUUAAAGAAAUAACAAUAUUCCUUAUGUUUCACAGGAAUUAACAGGAAGUUUUUCAACUCAACAAAAUUAAAAUUAUCUUGUAGGAACGUUUUCUCAACUUCCUUAAGAUUGUAGUUCAAAAAUGAAUGUCGAUUCAAACUACUAAAGCGGCUCUUCUGACCCAUUCAAUCAAGAAAUAAUAAAAAACAGAAGAAACUCUAAUCCUUUUAAAGUGUCUAAUUACAAUUCUAAUUCCUCCAAUUAUAAUUAAUCAUAAAAAUUAUUUUCAGACACUCUUAAAGGAUUAGGAGAAACUCUAAAAAAUUUGUAAUCUGACGAAAAUUAAAAUUUUUGCUAAUUGAAAAAUGCAGACUAAGAAGUUCAAAUCAAAAGUAAAAGCACAUUUAGGUCUAAUGACGAUCAAUAUUCUGAGUAUUAAAACCAAUAGCAAAGUUAAAUGAAAGAUCAAACAAAUGAAGAAAUUUCUUCAGUAAAUGACAGAUUAAGCUAAGUUGGAACAGAAAAAAGCAGCACUUAGCUAGAAAUUGAAAAUUUAAAAAAGAAAAUCAUGUAAAGAUAAAGUAGAAGAAAGCUAUAAAAUGCACAUAACACGUCUGUCUAAGAGAUAUCACAUAACUUAAAUAGCCAAAGGGAAAUGUCAGCUCCUCCAAAAGACUCUUUGCCUAUUCAUUGA